UUCUUCAACGUUUCACAGGAACCUUCAAAGCUCUUUCGAUUUUGUUGAAUUUCUUUUGCUUAGAGUUUUAUAGAAACUGUAUCAGAUGCUUUAGUUUAAAUACAGAGUUUCGUUUCCGCCUCAGUUAGAUUUUUUUUCUGUUUUUUUGUCGUUUAACUUUCAAUUUUUGAACGUUUAUUUUCUCUUCAAAGCGAACACAUGGAACGCUACUAAAACACUUGGUCGUAGUUGAUCCAGUUGUCGGAGUUUCCACUCAUCUUACAUAAUUUCCGCAGGUCUGUUUUCGAUGUCUUGUAUUCAUUACAAGUUUCGGAGUAGUUUAGAGUAUGACACGGUUACAUUCGAUGGGCUGGGGAUCUCUCUUGCCGACCUCAAAAAGGCCAUUAUGGCUCAAAAGAAGUUUGGUAAAACAACCGACUUCGACUUGGAAAUAACGAAUGCUCAGACAAAGGAAGUGUACAAAGAUGAAAGUGUUCAAAUUCCCAAGAAUUCUUCCGUGAUUAUCAGACGUAUUCCAACAGGAACUCGCAGCAAAUCUCAGUUGGCAGCGGAGAAGGCAGAUCCAAGUGCGGGGGGACUUCCCAAAACAAAAAGCGAUUUACAAGAUCUUCAGGAUACCUCCAAGAAAAACAAGAUGGUGGAUCUUGUGAAUUCGGAUGCCUCUGAAGAUGACAAGCUCAAGGCAAUGAUGAAUCAAGCAGGGGAAGACUGGCAGCCAACCAACUAUGUACGAGGUCGUGGUAGAGGAAUGAUGUCAGGGCCACUCCCCCCUAACUACGUUUGCUACCGGUGUAACCAGCCAGGGCACUUCAUCAGAAACUGCCCUAAAAACGGGAUGAAGCAAGUGAUUGGAAUUCCAAAAACUUUUGUGGAAAAUGCUAUUCGCAGCUCUUCACCAAGCCAAGAUGAGUCCAAAAAGUCUAAGAAGGAAGAUGGCCCCAAGACGUUAGUCCCUGCGGCUGACGUCCCAGCAGCCAAAGCCGACCGCAAGGUGCCUUCUGAGUUACGGUGCCCCAUGUGCAAAAACCUGCUCACAGAUACCGUCCUUAUUCCGUGCUGCGGGACUAGUUACUGCGAUGAAUGCAUCCGGACAUACCUCCUGGAGAAUGAGCAAGAAUGUCCGACGUGUGGAGCAGAAAGUGUGUCUCCUGACUCCCUGAUUAUCAACAAGCAGCUCCGCCAGGCUGUGAACAACUUCCGUAAUGUUAGACCAGCAAGCCCAUUUAUGCCAGAAAUUGACAGUCCUGGUCAGACUGCCCAGAAUAAACAAGUACCAGAUAGUGGACCAGGGGAGAAGAAGGCAAGUGACUCUGUGAAGAAAGAAAUUGAGGAGCCGCCUUCAGAGCCUCAAGAAACACCAAGGAAUGGAGCAGAACCAAAGGACUCAACUCCUGAGCCAAGCAAAAUCAUCACAUCACCAAGAAGCGACCAUGAAACAGGCAGUCCAUCCGCUCACAGAGACAGACAACUGGGUCUUCCACUCCCUGGCAACACCUCGCACAUGACCCAUUCCAGGCCUGGUGAGCCACACCCAGUGGACCCCUCCCAUCCGCAUGGUGUUCCCCCACAAGGAGCCCUUCACGUUCCCCCCGUCAGGCCCCCUCAUAGUCUGCCUGGGCCCGUCCUCAUGGCUCAGCCAGGCCUGAUGUCGGUGUCACUAGGGAUCCGCCCUAUGGCCAGCCAGCCCGUCAUGGCCCAUCCCAUCAUGCACAUGGAGCCCAUCAUCAGAGUGCCAGGCCCGUUUGCUAUGGGCAUGCCUGGGUUCCCUGGCUUUAAUGGCCCUGGCAGGAUCGGACCUGGUGAAGGAUUUGGUCCCCCUCCACUUAGCGAAGAAGAGUUUUAUCGCUACCAGAGAAAGAUGAAAAUGAAACACAAGAAGAAAGAGGUGUUAAAAUCACGAGGGAAAGAGCGUGACCCGUUACGUCACCCAUCACGUGACUCGUCACGUGAGCGCACCAAGCAUGGCGAUGGACCCACCAACUUUGAUGACGAGCUGUCCGAGUACCGUGCACUCCAACGCAGUCGUCAACACAAACCCUCGUCACGCAACACGUCAAGGUCACGCUCUCCAGUAAGGUCACGCUCUCCUAUACACCCUCGCUCAUGGUCACGGUCUGUAUCGCAUUCUCUCUCGCACUCAAGUGCGUCACGCUCGCCCACUCCAGAGGACUGGGACCGGUCACGUACUCCGUCACGCUCGCCCACACCCGACUCGCGGUCCCAAACAUCUAACGGCGACAAGUCACGCAAGCACAGGAAGCGGAAGAAGACGCAUAAACACAAACACGCGAAGAAAAGUAAGACGGAGGAGCAGACAGACGACGGUAAGACUGACAAGAAAAAAUCCAAGAAAAAGUCCAAGGAUAAGUCCAAAAACAAAGGCGAGAAAAGCAAAAAUAAGGAAGAGGAGAGCAAAAAUAAGGAAGAGAAGAGCAAAAAUAAGGAAGAGGAGAGCAAAAAUAAGGAAGAGGAGAGCAAAAAUAAGGAAGAGAAAAGAGCGAAGAAGAAGGGGAAGGUCGCAGAUGCUGGACAACCCUCAGAGGAGAGAUCGGUAGGGGAUGAAAACAAAGCAGGAAACAAAAAUGAAAACCAGGACACAAAACCACUAACAGAACCCGAAACGAUAGACCAACCAUCUACAGGCGAAACCAAGAAACACAAAAAGCGAAAACAUAAAAAGAAGCACAAGCGAAGAAAGAGUAAAGAUGGUGGCAAGUUCAAGGCAGGAGAGAGCACCGCGGACUCACACGAGGACAGCGGUAAAGAGCAAGAAGAAGGUGAUACUGACAGCAAACAGGCUAAUCCAGUUAAGAGCUGACAAACCGGUUAAACCGGUAUUUGACAAACAAGCCAAACCAGUUGAAAAACGACGUGGAGAGAGCUGACAAACUGUGCAAACCAGUUUACAGAUGACAAACUGGUCAAACUAAUUGAAAGUUACAUGGAUAGAGUGCCUUUGGUGCAAACGUAAUGAACCAAAGCGAUGUUGACAAUUGCUUAAAAGAACUGCGAUGGUAAAUAGAGAUGCUCAUAGGCAAGGAUUCUGAUAUCGGUGGUGAUGAUGUCAAAUAGUUCAAACAUCAAUGCACCAACUCCACAUACUUGUACAUAGUACUGUUGAAAUGCGAGUAGAUCAUUGCGUUUGCGUUAUGACAUUAAUAGCCUUCCUGCACACGUGUAAGGUGUACGGCGGAUGUAAUAAACGAGUCAUUAUUUAGAUAA